AUGUCUACUGCCUCCAUCAAUAGUAUGCAGUGGUUGGAUCUAGCCACAAACAUCAAGAACACCACAACCAUCUCUUUCACUCUCGAAGCACAAUUUGUGUUUCAGAAAAGUGUUAGUAGCAGUACCUUGUGCACAUCCAAGUCCACUACUCAGCAAAUAAUACCGGGAGAUGGAAUCAGCGAGCCAGCAAUUAUCAUCACCACUGAAAAAUCACCCUACUUGCGAGAUCCACGUCGUGAACUCGAAGACGCUACCAUGUCCCAUAUGAUCAAACUUCUUGAAGAAAUAUUUGCCUCAGGACUUGCAGAUCAUGUUCACAAGAAGGCCUUUACUCGAGGCUGGACUAAACUAGUUGUUCCUGCGGCAUGUCACACUCAAAAUUCGGCCGAUAACAGGAAUAUUUUCCAGCUUGGAAGCUGUGCUUCUCUUCCCUUUCCACCUCCAUCCUCUGUCACUGUUCCACGCGGCGCUGCUGCAAGUCACUCUCAACUACUCGGCACGGCGCUACUACUAGUACAACAAGGAGUCGCCAUGGAAAUCCUCCCAGCACUACAUCAAUAUCCCAUCGCAAUCGUCGACCUGCCAUCUCCACACAUGUUACCCCCCGAAGACUG